UGUUGGUUGCUUCAAAUGCGCGGUUUUAAUGCGAAUGAUAUUUUCGACACUUAUGUAUACUGUUUGAACUAUUUUAUUCAAUUGCAUAUAAACAGUGGAUAAUUGGCGAGUGAAACAAUUUUAAGUUAAAUCUAUUUAUUUUUUUGGUUUUAACCUCAAGACGUUAGUUCGAGAGCGAUCAUGAAAUUAUUGAACUUGGACAACUUUCAAUUCAUUUUCGUCUCGUUGUUGUGUGCUAUAUUUUUUAACACGUGUGAUUAUGUCACUUGUCUGGAUGCUGUAAGUUUUGUAUUGUCGGAUGCCGGUUUUGACGUUUGGUUAUACAAUUCCAGAGGCGCGGGUCUUUCAAGAACACUCAGUAUUUAUAAGGGACCUCGAUCACUUCCAAACAUGAAUAGAGUAUCGUGGAACUAUAGUUUUCACGAAUUGGGUGUAUACGAUUUGACUGCAGUUAUAGAUUUCAUUCUGAAAAAAUCGGAAUAUCCUAGACUGGACGUUGUUGGUUACUCUUUAGGGGCAACUGUAGCCUUUGUUUGCUUGUCCGAUAAGCCAGAAUACAACGCUAAGAUUAACAAACUUGCACUCAUUGCCCCAGCGACUAAUUUUAAAACAUCACCAGUCACUGCUAUUGUUAAACAAUUUUCAGACAUUUUGUUGAUAAUAUUGAAUGGAUUCGAUUUCAUCCCAUUUAUCGUGGAUCCAGAUACUACAUUUAGUAAAUUAAGAAACUUGUGUGCAAACGAAAGCAUCUUAAUGAGUUGUAAGAGAUUUAUCGAUGUAUUGGAUGGAUCCGACUUACCACUUGACAAAAACUCCGUUUUGGAUUUCGUUUCUGUAUUUCCACAACCAGUGCCAUCUAAAUUGUUGAAACAUUACUUUCAAGUAGUAAUGAAAGGCAAGUAUACAAUAAGAAAACAAAAUAAAAUUUUCUUUUUUCAGGACGUAAAAAGGCUUAUAAAUGUAUUACCAAAUAUUAAGGAAGUACGUUAUAUUGAUGAAGUGCAAGUUGGUCAUCUUAGCUUUGUAAUAAGUCCAAAUACAAGAGACAUCGUGAACUCGUUUAUAGCAGCUACAUUUUUAGGUUAAAGUUUAUGAUGGUAUUAUAGAAUGUGUUUUUUUAUGUUAUUGUGAUUAAUUUUAAUUGAUAAUGAUCAAUAAUAUCAGAAACCUAUAAAAUUGUGAUGUAUAUUGUGAAUAUAGCGAGCGUAGUAUUUUG